GACAGACUGCAAGUGACAGCAGACGACCAAACCGAGCUUUAAACUGCUGAUUGGAUAAUAUACCGUGUAAUAGUAUCGAUAUUUCCCAUCGACAAAAACUCUUUCUCUUCUCUUACUUUUGUUUGGAUUAAUAUAUAUAGUGUUUCAUUUCCGGAUUAUCACAAAACGUUAUAUGUGAAUAAGGUAAUGGUGAUGUUAUGACGUUGUGUGUGACGUAAAGUAGGAGUGCCGUUGUAUUAUAAUGAGGGGAGAGAUGGGAUACCUGUGGUUUGUGGGUUGUUUUAUUUUAGUUACCAUAGAAACACAAGUACAGGGGAGAGAGAAAGGUAGAUGGGAAGAAUGGGGUAAAUAUUCCCCGUGUUCCAGGUCGUGUGGGGGAGGUGUUCAGCAGAGAGUAAGACGAUGUAUUAGAGGCAGAUCUCAUAUGAAUGGUCUGUGUGCGGGACCAGGUGUUGAAUAUUCAUCUUGUAAUACCCAGCAAUGUUCAGCUGGAUCUCAUGAUUUUAGAGCUGCACAAUGUUCUAGGUACAACAAGGUUAAAGUCAAUGGAUUGAAUAAACUACAUACCUGGAAACCAUACACAGAUGAGAAUGACAAAUGUGUAUUGAAAUGUCAAUCACUAGAAGAUAGUAAUAUUAUUAAAGAAUUUGCUCAGCGUGUUGUUGAUGGAACAAACUGUGAUAAUGUAGAUAGUUUUGGUAUUUGUGUUGCCGGUGUUUGUCAGGCGGUAGGAUGUGAUCGUGUGAUUGGUUCGUUUAUGAAAGAAGAUAAAUGUCGGGUCUGUGGAGGUGACGGAACGACGUGUCAAACUAUUGCUGCCAUUUUUGACAGCCAGAAUCUCAAAGUAGGUUUGAAUAAAAUAGUAACCAUACCAGCUGGUUCUACGAGUAUUGUUGUUAGAGAAAUUACUAAUAGUAAUAGUUUUCUUGUUGUGAAGAAUGGAGUGGGAAAUUACUAUAUCAAUAGUUGGAGGAAAAUUACAGAAGAUAAUUCUGCGACUGACAUCGCUGGGACGACGAUACGUUAUAUAAAAUCACCGCAAAAUCCAGAUGAACCAGAAACUUUAACAGCUCUCGGACCAACCAAUGAAACGCUUCAUAUUGAGCUGAUGUUACGAGAUAGUAAUCCUGGUAUCCAGUAUGAAUAUUCCCUCCAGAAAUCAUUGGUCCACGAAGCCGAGAAUCCAAGAUUACGAUAUAUCUGGAUUAAUGGAGUCUGGACAAGAUGUUCAAAAUCGUGCGGCAAAGGUCUUCAGAUUCGUGCUGUAUCCUGUAUUGACCGUCAGUCUGGUGUUGCCAUUAGUAACGAUCUUUGUGACAUCAGAUUAAAACCAGAUGGUCGUCGUGUCUGUACACAACAAGAUUGCCCAGAAGACCGGAUCGGAUAUAGUUGGGUUUUAGGUCAUUGGGGAGAAUGUUCAUCUGACUGUGGUAUAGGAGAACAGACCCAAUUGGCGUACUGUCAGGAGAAGGGAACUAUGGGUAAAGCUAUUUACACAGAUGAUCAACUAUGUAUACGUUACGUCGGACCGAAGCCUGUGUUAAAGAGGGUCUGUCAGGGUGAUAUCAGCUGUCCACAUUGGGCUAUGGGUCCAUGGCAAGAGUGUAGUGUGACAUGUGGUUAUGGUGUACAGACACGAUACAUUUCGUGUCAGGAAGAGCCCAGUGAUGAUGAUGAAGUACCACGCAUGCGAUCCGAAGAAAUGUGUGCUCAUGAAAAACGUCCACAGCGUCAACAAUUGUGUACAUUGUCCCCGUGUAGUGAUGGCAGUAAUGGAGAAUAUCUAGAAUUUAAGGAUGUAGAAGAAGUUGACGUUGAUUGUUCCGUGACUUUGUAUGGCUGCUGUGAUGACGGUAAAACAAGGGCAGAUAACUGGAAUAAAGAUAAUUGUCCCAACAGUCGAGAAAGAUGUAGCCUCGAGAAGAGUCGAGGAAAGUGUGGAAACUUUACAUUGUUUUAUUAUUUCGAUACCAAGUCCAUCUCCUGUUCACCCUUCUGGUAUGGUGGUUGUGGUGGCAACGAUAACCGUUUUGCUACGAUCGAUGAAUGUAAAGAGGCGUGUCGACACACAGAGACAGUUUUAAAGGCUAAUCGUGCCGCAUCUCUAAUAAACUCGAGUUAUGCGAACAGUUCACAGACGCCAGACCCGAAUUCACAGGCACAGAACAGAACAGAGAAGACAGGGUCUGAAUCGCAGACCACUAGACAGGAGUUGUACCCUCAUAAUAUAACUCUUGCUAUGGGUCGAGAUAAUCGACAAUCGGUUGUAUUAAGUUGGCAGGCACCGGCCGUAUCUGAUGGAAAUAUUACAGGUUAUGUGAUAUAUUAUUCGACUAAGAGUCAGACAGAUAUGGGUAGUUGGUCUGUAGAAGCUGUUGUCGGCACCAGAUUGUCCACAAUUAUAUCUGACUUACAACCAGAUACCACCUACUAUUUUAGACUACAAGCUAGAAAUCGUUACAGUUAUGGUCCAAUGACCGACAUCAUUACAUAUAGAACACCAAGCGUUUUGAUAAAGGAUCGUACCGCAUCUAGAAACUCGAGUUAUGUAAACACGACACAGAACAGAACAGAGAAGACAGGGUCCGAAUCACAGACCUCUAGACAGGAGUUGUACCCUCAUAAUAUAACAUUUGCUACGAAUCGAGAUAAUCAUGGAUCAGUUGUAUUAAGUUGGCAGGCACCGGCCGUAUCUAAUGGAAAUAUUACAGAUUAUGUGAUAGGGUAUACAAAAGGUGAAAUUUGGAUACAGAAGCGUGUUAUAGGUAACAGGUUGUCCACGACUAUAACUGACUUGAGAGCUGAUACCACAUACUAUUUUAGAAUACAAGCUGUAACCCGUGAAGGUACUGGCCCACGGUCAGAUCAGGUCACAUAUAGAACACCGAAAGAUUGUGAAACAAGUCGUUUUGGUUGCUGUAGCGACAAUGUUACCCCAGCAGAUGGACCGAUCCAAGAAGGUUGUCCAGAGAUAUCAGAAUUAACAGUAGAAAGGGUCUGCGGAGAUUAUGGCUGCUGUAAAGAUGGUGUUACCCAGGCUACCGGUCCAAACAAUGCAGGAUGUCCAGAAGACCGUGAUCGUUAUACUGGUCACGGCUAUAGAAGAGAUUGUGGAAAUGUGAACAGUAUCUAUGGUUGCUGUUCUGAUGGUAAAACUCUUGCAACUGGACCUGGUGGUCAAGGUUGUCCAGUUAAUUAUGGUUCUUUUGAUGCAGCUUCAUGUGCUUUAGCCAAGGAUCGAGGUUCAUGUAGUCAUAAUUUUACCGUCCAAUGGUAUUACGACACAGAUUCAAGUGGCUGUAAACAAUUCUGGUAUGGAGGCUGCGGAGGCAAUCAGAAUAGAUUUGUAGAUCAGAAGAAAUGCGAGGAAUCAUGUAUGAAUGUCCAAGAAGAAGAUAUUUGUAAAUUACCAGCUUCAAUGGGACCAUGUCGUGCAUCACAUCAACGUUACUACUAUGACUACAUGCAUAAACAAUGUCGUAUGUUCACAUAUGGUGGUUGUCGUGGUAACCAGAAUCGUUUCCGUAGCCGUAACGACUGUGAACGGAAAUGUUCUGAUUCUAACUAUAUCUAUGUAGAAGAAGAGGUAUCUGAAACAAUGGCAUGUGAAAAUUCUAUAUAUAAAUGUUGUCCAGAUGGUGUUACAGCAGCUACAGGCCCCUCAUAUAGAGGCUGUACAAGAGGAUGUCGGGAAUCAGAUUAUGGUUGUUGUGAUGAUGGUGUUACAGCUGCUCAAGGACCCAAUGAAGAAGGCUGUGAGAUUGUAUCAUCAGGUGACGAACCGUGUGAGGAGACGUUCUUUGGAUGCUGUAAUGAUGGUGUCACCACUGCUUUAAGUGCAGAUAAACGUGGUUGUUUAGAUUAUUUACCAGAAAUACAGCCUACAGUUGAAGAAACAGUUAAAAUACUUGAAGAUGUAUGUACGCUAAAGAAAGAUUAUGGUGAGCGAUGUAAUAACACUAUACGAUGGUAUUAUAAUGAUGAGGAGAAAAGAUGCAAGAGAUUCUGGUACGGUGGAUGCGCUGGUAACGAUAAUAAUUUUAUGAAUGACCAAGAAUGUAAGUCAGAGUGUGUGAUGAAAAGAGAAACACGAACUCGACCUCGACCAAUCCCAACACCAGCUCCAACACCAGCACCAACACCAGCACCAACACAAGCUCCUUCAUCAGAUCCGUGUCAACAGCCCCGUGUCGUUGGGCGAUGUCGAGCGUCCAUUGAUCGAUACUACUAUGAUCAACGAGAUGGACGAUGUCAUAUUUUCCAAUAUGGUGGAUGCUCUGGAAACGAUAAUAAUUUUGUUACCCAGGAAGAAUGUGAGAAUCGAUGCAAUGUUUAUUCGUUGACGACGGCACUUCCGAUGACGACUGUAGCUCCAAUAUUUUAUACAACAUUACCCGCCCCAACUCCUCGACCCCAAGUUGUAGACGCUGGAGAAGCGGCCGUUGUAUUAACUGGAACAGAAUACGUUCAGAUCGGCACAGCAUUACGUUUAGCAUGUCGAGCUACUGGUGGCGACCCCAUCACCUAUAACGUCAUGUGGUACAAAGAUCGUAAGGUGAUUAAACGUGGAGAUGAUGAUCAGCUUGUUAUUAAUACACAGAGAAUGGCAGACGGUCGUGGUGUACUCAGUGAAUUAACGGUACAGUAUGGACGACAAGAGGAUGCUGGAACAUAUAUUUGCCGUGGUUAUCCUCACGGUAAUCUGAAAUCUCUACGAGUUCAUGUUCAACAAGGAGUUGUAGAGGAGAAAGUUGAAAAACCAGAGAAAGAGAAACCUGUGAUAUCUGUGCCUACGAACACAUCAGCUACAACCGAUCCUAGAGUUGUGUGUCUACAGCCAGCACAGAGCGGUAAUUGUUAUGCUAACUUUCCUAGAUGGCACUACGAUCAUUUAGACGGACGAUGUAAACAGUUUACCUAUGGCGGAUGUGGACCUAAUGAAAAUAAUUUUGAAACAGAAACAGAUUGUCAAAACUACUGUAGACCUGAACUGAUCUGUCGAAUGUCAGCUCAGAGAGGUAAAUGUCGAGCAAAUAUUGAGAGAUUUUUCUAUGAUGUCACGGCCAGAAAUUGUCGUUCAUUUUCAUACGGAGGCUGUGAUGGCAAUCUGAAUAACUUUAAAUCAUUAGAGGCUUGCAGUCGAUUCUGUGGUCGCAGAGACACCGGAACAGAGACAGGAACUGGAACACGACCUCAGGCUGGAUCGGAUGUUUGCCGUCUGUCUCGUGAUGGAGGAAACUGUAAAGGUUACGAAAUCUUGUGGUAUUACGAGGAGACCUAUGAGAGAUGUACAAGAUUUAUUUACACCGGUUGUGGUGGCAAUGAUAAUCGUUUUGCUACGGAAACAGAAUGUAGUGAAAGAUGUGAACGUGAGAUGACAACUGUUUCUCCAAUCACUAGAGCUCCCAUAACCAGGGCACCUGUAACUAGGGCACCCAUAACCAGGGCACCUGUAACUAGGGCACCCGUAACCAGGGCACCAGUAACCAGGGCUCCAGUAACCAGGACUCCUGUUACCAGGGCUCCCAUCACAAGGGCACCAAUAGUUGUAACUGAAGGAUCUAAUUUAGCAACAUGUACGUUAGCCAGAGAUCGGGGACGUCUGUGUGGUAAUUGGACGAUUUUAUGGUAUUUUAACACGGAACGCCAACGAUGUGAAAGAUUCUACUAUGGUCAGUGCGGGGGAAACGCCAAUCGUUUUGAAACCCAGGCGGCAUGUAGGGCUGAGUGUUUAACACCCACAACACAAGCUCCAACUACUACAACCACAAGACGACCAUAUGUUACUAGGAGACCAAUAUUACCAGGCGUUACUAGGAGACCGAUAUUACCAGGCGUUACUAGGAGACCUAUAUUACCAGGUGUUACUAGGCAACCAGUGUUACCAGGUGUAUCUAGGAGACGGGGUGAUUGUCGUUACUCUACGUUUGGUUGUUGUGGUGAUGGUCAAACUCCUGCUUCAGAUACUCUUAAAACAAAUUGUUAUGACGAACCAAAUGUAAUUGAGCGACAAGCUGAUGGUAAUUAUAAAAUAUUCACAAGUGCCGGUCGUCGGGUUUCGUUCAAUUGUCAGUUACAGGAAACUAACCCAGGACGAGUUCAGUGGUUUAAACAAAGAUUCCCUGUUAUAACUGGACUUAAUUUCGUAGAUUACAGAAAUGGUACGCUGGUCAUCAAUGCUGUGACGGAAGAAGAUAACGGAGAAUAUUCCUGUCAGAUUGGAGAAGGAAAUAACGUACCUCUCGUACAAAGUUUUGUCUUGCAAGUUCGAACUCCACUAAGAAUUCUACCAGGUCCAAAAAUGAUUGCCAUCAAACCAGCAGAGAACGCCUUCUUACAUUGUCAGGCAUAUGGGAGUCCAAAACCGAGAGUCACAUGGUACCAAGAUGGACGCCCAAUUAAAUCUAAGGGCCGUUACAAUGUGUAUAAUAAUGGCACUAUGAUAAUUCUAAGUGCCAAAGCGAAAGAUAUGGGAUAUUAUGAAUGUCGAGCAGAGAAUGGUGUAGGCGGAACAACCAGACGUACAAUUAAGUUAGAGGUUAGAGAAACCGUUACAGCUAGGAUUGAGAGACACAGAGGCAAGGUGAACGAAGGAGGUGAAAUCCGUCUGAAAUGUGUGGUAACUGGGUUCCCACGUCCUGUGGUGUCCUGGAAGAAAGAUAUGGAGGAUCUGGUUGAAUCGUCAAAUGUUUUUGUUCGGGGAAUGGAGGUGAUUAUACGCCAGGCUACCAUUGAUGAUUCUGGUGUUUAUAGAUGUGUCGCAGAUAAUGGUAUACAGAGGCAGGAAGCAGUUACAACGAUCCAAGUUAAACAUGAAGACCAAAGUGAAAAAUGUGAGGAUUCUGUGAGCGCUAUGAAUUGUAAACUAAUUGUAACAGGUCGUUUGUGUGGACAUCGUACAUUUAGUAAGAUGUGCUGUAAAUCGUGUUCUUCCCGCGCAUUUUUGUGAUGAUGUAGCAGUUUAUGUGUUGUUGUCAUAGUAACUAUCUAAGCAAUACAAGGUGGCUGACAAUGAUGUUUUUUUUAUUUUUGGUGAUGAAAAAAAAUGAAAAAUGCUUUUGGGGCGGGAAAAUUAUCACGUCUGCUGCCUACCUCAAUCCUCCAUUUUGGUGCUCAUUUAUUGUUUUGUAGAUAAUGUUUGUAAAAAAAAAGUUAGUUUUAGGAAUUUGUUUCGUAGUUUGUGUAGGUUAUAUUUGAAAGGAUAGCGAUAGUAAUUUAAUUGUUAUUAUUAUUAUUAUUAUUAUUUAUAUUUUCUAUCUUUUGUAUUUUUCACAUCUCAUUACUUUAAAGAGGCAUUAGAACUGGAGAUCUUUGCUGGUCUGUUAUCGUGAAAAAAAAUUUUUUUGAACCAACAAAUUUAAUAAUUGUUUUAGUUGUUCUAGGGUCGAUGCUGUUAAAAAAUAAACCCUAACUCUCUUUCAAUUUGAGUAUGUUCAACAUGAAACUUGGCAUGUUUAUAUAGUGUGCUCAUACGUGUUUUAGUUGCCAUGAUUUGACCAUAAGGUUAUAUCGGGAUAGAUCUCUUUCAUAGUACAAUGGUAUUAAAAGUUCUCAAAAAUAUUAGACACUCGUCUGUAAAUUCAUCUCAGAGAUGUUUCUCAAUUAAUUGCAGAGGUGUUUCUGAAUUCAUCACGGAGAUGUUUCUUAAUUGCUUAAGGAGAUGUUUAUCAAUUGCUCGCUGAGGUAUUUGUCAUCACAGUUUUCAAAAUGUUCAGUGAAUGUUCAUUAUCACUGCUUUGAUCUAAAUCAUCCAGUCCUUCAGAGUUUCGAUAAUUAUCCAAGUCUGUGAUUAUUUUGAAUAAUAUAUUAUAUGAAAUUAAUUACAUGUACUUGUAUUUUCUGGUUAAAAGUUCUAAUGUCUUCUUAAACGUGCACCAACAUUCAUAGUCCUGUCUGCCUCCAAGAAAAAUCUCAAAUCUGUACCUUUUUUUGUUAAAUUAGUUUUUUUUGCAAAGAGAUAGAAAUAAACUUUUUAAUAUGUGUAUCUAAAGAAACAGAUUUUUCUUGGUAGUCAUGAUACAAGAAGAAUAUCUAUAAAUAGAUUUUAUAUACCAUGCUGUUAGUAAGUUUAUUAUUAAGGUUUAAACAAUAUCUAUCUAUUUCUAUAAACACUGUAUGUAUUUAUAUAUAUACUAUCUUAUUGUUCAUAUAAACGUUCAGCAGUGCCCCUUCAUAUUUUAUUCAUCCAUCUUUUAAAAGACUUCAAAUAUUUACAAAUUCAGAAAUAUUGUUUCAAAAUAAGAUAUGUAUGUUUACAAGUGAAUUAUAUUCUAUUGCAUUUAAAUAUUCUCAGGAUAUAUGGCCAGUCCCGAUUAGUAUUGGAGAUAUCAUCAAUUUUUUAACCUCAAAUAUUUAUUAAAUCUUUAAAGCCUUUUAUCGCCAGAAGAUUGCUAACCAUUAAUAUUUUGGUUUUGUUUUCUUAAUUAAAUGUUAAAUUAUCAGUUUGAGAACAUUUUAGCAUGAAUUAAGCCUUGACAAUAUUACACAUUGUCAGGAAAAUACUAUUGAAAAUGAUAAAUUCAGUUUUUUUAUGGUUACUUACCCUUUUAGAUCAUUGAUUAAAGAAACGUACUAAAUAGCUUACCAGUAUCAUUGUGCCUUAAUCGUUUUAUACAUAUAUUAUAAUGAUUUUACAUACUUGUCAACAAACAAAACAUACAUCUUGUAUCGAGAAAUUAAAAUUGUAAAACUUAUUGUUGAAAUUUAACUUAAUAGAAUAUCUAAAAUCAUCUUAUUUAUCUUAUAAUACCCUUUGCUUUUAAUCAAAGUUUUUUUUGUGUUUAGGCUUAAAAAAUAAAAUAUUCUGAAAUAGGGGUAAGAAGUAAGGACUGCAGUAGGGAGUGUGUCCCUUAGCUCUGUACACCAUCCCCUCUAAGGGCGUGCCAUCAAUUAAAGGCACAAAAUUUACCAUUUUAAGGUUCCCAGACUCUUCAAUAAUAUGAUAUAGAGAGAGCGACCAUCCAUCAUGCCACUAUGGCUGAGCAACUUUCUCAGUGUCGUCACAUGAUGUCAGUGUUAUUUCAAUGUGACCUGCCAUAUUGUAUUUUUGAAAAUUUUAACAUUCUAGCUGGUAUAGAUUUUCUGUUUUAAAGUAGUUGGUGUAGUGUUUGGUAUUUAUCAAAUCUAAAUAUUUAAACAUUCUUUUAGUUCAUAGAAAUUAAUUAUUUUCUGUUUUGUAUGUAAAGCUCACACAGAUAUUUGAAUAUUCAAAUUUGAAUACUGUUUUAAGUCCGUUCAAACUGUUUGGGGUUUUUUUAGCAUUCAUUAUUCAGUGUCAAUUACGAUUAAUAGAAUUUUUAAUCUGUUUUUUCUUCUGGGAUGAAAUAUUUACUACCAUAAUAUUAAUUAAAUAAAAUCAACUAUAGUUAUUUUAAGAAUUUCUAAUGUAUAAACAUAUAAAAUUAUAUAAAAAAUAGUUUAAGUGAAUUGAAAAUAUUUGAAUAGUGUUUGAAUAAUAACUGAGAGAAUAUUCAAAUAUUGGAAUAAUAACUUCAAAUAGCAUUCAAAUUUUACUUCAACUAGCAUUUGAAUUAUUGCUUAAAAUACUUGAAUAUCAUUUGAAUAAUGACUAUUCAUAUAACUUGGAGGAUUUUCAAAUAGCAUUUGAAUUUACCUUCAAAUAGCAUUUGAAUAAUAACUUUAGCAUUGAAAUAAUUUGAUAAUCCGCCUGUGUUGUUUUGUUUGUAACCUAGAUCAACUAGAUACAAGGGGGUUAAUAUAGAAGUACAAUUGAAUGUAAACUGAGAAGUGUUAAUGGGUGUUCUUGAGUAAGCACAUCCUCCAUUGUACUAUAAAUAGAUAUGAUGUCAUUAUAGUUCAUUUCUUUUUUUUUAUACUGAAUAUUUUUUGUCUAGAAUAAAGUGUAAAUAAACUUUUUCUAAAUUCUA